AUGGCUUUGGCUCAACCUCAGCAAAUGAUACGGGCAUAUAAAGAGCUCGGAACCCCCUUCUUUUCCCGCCAGCCUUUUUGGCCAAACAACGAGCAGCCACAGCCGCGAAGUGUGAAGGGCGUUUAUAUGAGAUGGAGGCGAGAGAGACUCCACUAUUUUCACCUUGUCAUCAAGAUACCGCAGAUUUCUGCCAAAAAUGCCUGGUAUAGGGUACGCGGCGGAUUUCAGUUGAGAACGGUUCUACCGUUCCUCUUUCCCCUGUCCUUUGUUUAUUUUUGGAACAACGCAGAUGUCGAGAGAGGAGGAAAAGCCACCAUGACCAACCACUGUAAGCCGGAACUUUACGAAGUAGUUUUACUGGACUUAGCUUUGAAACAGCUGGAGGGCGCGUUAAGUUAG